AUGCAUCAGUUCGUUAAUGAAGUGGAAGCAAUAGGCAAAAUCCACCAUGUCAAUGUGAUUCGUUUGAUUGGAUUCUGUGCUGAUGGGUUUAUAAGAGCUAUAGUCUAUGAGUAUUUGCCAAAUUCAUUACAAAAAUUCGUAUCUUCGGCUGACUCCAAGAGCCAUUUCCUCGGCUGGAAAAGGCUGCAAGAUAUUGCUCUUGGCAUAGCUAAAGGGAUUGAAUAUCUUCAUCAGGGGUGCGAACGGAGAAUCCUCCACUUUGAUAUCAAGCCCCAUAACAUCUUACUUGACCACAACUUCAGCCCGAAAAUCUCUGAUUUUGGCAUGGCCAAGUUCUGUUCUAAGGAUCAAAGUGCAGUGUCCAUUAAAACAGCUAGAGGUACUGCUGGCUAUAUGGCGCCUGAAUUGUUCUCAAGGAACUUUCGGAAUGUUUCCUACAAGUCAGAUGCUUAUAGCUUUGGAGUUCUAGUGUUAGAAAUGGUUGGAGGAAGGAAAAUUACUCAUGUAACAGAGGGAAAUGAUGAGGAAAUAUACUUUCCAGAAUGGAUUUACAAUCUUUUGGAAAAAGGGGAAGACCUUAGGUUUGAGAUUGAGGAAGAGGGAGAUGAUAAAAUUGCAAAGAAACUUGCAAUUGUGGGACUCCAAUGCAUUCAAUGGAACCCAGCGGAUCGCCCCUCCAUGAAUGUAGUUGUUCAUAUGCUGGAAGGGGAAGAAAAUCUACCCAUACCGCCUAAUCCUUUUUCUGCAGUUCCUACAAGAAUGAACUCAAGAAUACCGGGAAGACGGCCUCAGCAAGAAUUAGACGUCAUCUCAGAAAGAGAGUAAUAAUCAGAUGUGGAGGAGAUCUAUAAUCUAUUGUAAUUAAUAUUUGAAUUAGUAGUUAGUUUCUUUAUCUACAUAUGUAUUGUAACAGAUGACAAGUAUGGUUUUUGUUUGGUUUGUGUGAUUUUAUGAAAUUUAUGUUUCAGAAAUUUACAGAAUAUUCAUAA